AUGGCACACCCAUCACAACUAGGAUUUCAAGACGCAGCAUCACCCGUGAUAGAAGAACUUCUGCAUUUCCAUGACCACGCAUUAAUAAUUGUAUUCCUAAUUAGCACCUUAGUCUUAUAUAUUAUUGUUGCAAUAGUAUCAACUAAACUCACUAAUAAAUAUAUUUUAGAUUCUCAAGAAAUUGAAAUUGUAUGAACAAUUUUACCAGCCGUUAUUUUAAUCCUAAUUGCACUACCAUCAUUACGCAUUCUUUAUCUUAUAGAUGAAAUUAAUGACCCACAUCUAACAAUUAAAGCCAUUGGACAUCAAUGAUACUGAAGCUAUGAAUAUACAGACUACAAAAAUCUAGGGUUCGACUCAUAUAUAGUCCCAACACAAUAUCUUACCCCCGGACAAUUCCGUCUCUUAGAAACAGACACCCGAAUAGUAAUUCCAAUAGAAUCACCAAUCCGUGUCUUAGUAACUGCCGAAGACGUACUACACUCCUGAGCUGUACCAGCCCUGGGCGUAAAAAUAGACGCAGUUCCAGGCCGACUAAAUCAAACUGCCUUUAUCUCGUCACGCCCAGGAGUAUUUUAUGGUCAAUGCUCAGAAAUCUGCGGAGCCAAUCACAGCUUUAUACCAAUUGUAGUUGAAUCAGUACCACUAAAAAACUUCGAAUCCUGAUCUUCACUUACACUUCACCUAGCUU